AUGAUUUUCUUUUUCUCCUUUUUCUUCUUUCUCAUCCUUUCAUCUUUCUCAUCUUUUCUUCUUUCUCAUCUUUUCUUCCUUCUCAUCUUUUCUUUCUCAUCUUUUCUUCUUUCUCAUAUUUUCAUCUUUCUCAUCUUUUCUUCUUUCUCAUCUUUUCAUCUUUCUCAUCUUUUCUUCUUUCUCAUCUUUUCAUCUUUCUCAUCUUUUCUUCUUUCUCAUAUUUUCAUCUUUCUCAUCCUUUCAUCUUUCUCAUCUUUUCUUCUUUCUCAUCCUUUCAUCUUUCUCAUCUUUUCUUCUUUCUCAUCUUUUCUUCUUUCUCAUCUUUUCAUCUUUCUCAUCUUUUCAUCUUUCUCAUCUUUUCUUCUUUCUCAUCCUUUCAUCUUUCUCAUCUUUUCUUCUUUCUCAUCUUUUCAUCUUUCUCAUCUUUUCAUCUUUCUCAUCUUUUCAUCUUUCUCAUCUUAA